UGCUUCCUCUCUCUCGCUUUACCCGCCAUGCCGCGCGCAAUGCUCAGCGCCAUGCACAUCAACCGUACUAGCUGCUCUUAUUCGCGUCGACUCCUUGACCCCUCUUCCGCGAAUGAGACCUCAUCUCAUCGAGUAACCCGACGACCGCCAUGAGCUCGAUCCCCCUCCUCUCCCCGCUCCGACCUGUCCCCGCACUCGCCGCCGUGUCAUCCGCCGUCAGCACCGUAACGUAUCGCCCGCCGCACUCCACGCGCAUUUACGGGAAUUCCACUUCGCAGCUUGACUCGCCACGUCGGCAGCUUGAUCUCACCGCUCCACGUCACCGAUUGCUUGUCACAGCCGGUGCAAAGCGUGGUACUGUAAGCACUACUGCUAGUAGAAAUAGCAUACUUUUUCUUCUAGGUUUCUCGAGGAGCAAUCCUGGCCGUUGCUUCGGGUCUCAGAUAGCCAGCGAAUUCAACGGUACGGCGUUCAGCCUACAAGAGCUGCAGCUUUCCGUCGUAGCGCUCGGUACUCCCAAGGGACCAGCAUCAGUCCCUUCACGUGUACUCUGCACGUUCGCAGCAACUUCCGGCUCCUUUUCGGCUAGUACAAGCAGCACUACCAGUACUGAAGCUGACUCAAAUCGUGUAUCCGCGGAAGUUGCAGCGGCGAUGGCGGCGAGAGUUGCGGCGGACGGGAAGGCCCGGGAAGACGGGGUCGCGAUCGCGUGGUUGCGGAGCGAUCUGCGCGCGCACGACAACGAGGCGCUGCUGCGCGCGUGGCGGGCAGCGGGGAUCGCGGUGCCCGUGUACUGCUUCGACCCGCGCUGCUUCUCCACCACGCACUACUUUGGGUUUCCUAAGACGGGAGCCCACCGCGCGCGCUUCCUGCUAGAGAGUGUGGCGGACUUGAGGGCCAGGCUGCAGGCAGUGGGGUCGGACCUGAUUGUGCGAGUGGGGCCGCCUGAAACCGUGCUGCCCGCGCUGGCUGCUGCUCUGAACGCCCAUGUGGUGGUGGCUCAGGGGGAAACAACAGACGAGGAGGUCAGGGUGGAGCGGAACCUGAAGCAUGCCCUUGAGAAAGUGACUCUAACGAGGGCCACAGGAGGACCAACAGGUCAGGGUCGGCCCGAGCCAGGUCCUGCCGACGGACGCCGCCCCAAGCUGGAUCUGAUAUGGGGCCUGACCAUGUACCACGUGGACGACCUGCCGUUUGCUGCUGCCAGCCUGCCUGACGUGUACACUCAGUUCAGAAAGGCAGUAGAGUCCAAGUCCAAGGUCCGUCCGCCGCUCACCAUGCCUGCCAGCCUUGGUCCAUUCCUCUCUGCCGAAGCUGUAGCCAGGCUCGGCGGCAUUGGCUCCCUGCCCUCCCUGGCGGACCUUGGGAUUGACGACCCGCCGCCACAGGACCCACGGGGCGUGCUGCCAUUCAAGGGCGGGGAGACAGCGGCAUUGGAACGCCUGCAUCACUACAUUUGGAAGCGGGAGUGCAUUAAGGAGUACAAAGUGACCCGUAACGGCAUGCUGGGGGCGGACUACAGCACCAAGCUUGCCCCGUGGCUGGCACACGGGUGCAUCUCUGCCCGGCUCAUCCAUGCAGAGGUUCUGCGGUAUGAGAGGGAAAGGGUUGCGAACGAGUCAACAUACUGGGUUCUCUUUGAGCUCAUAUGGCGGGACUACUUCCGAUUCCUCUCCAUCAAAUGUGGCAACUCCAUCUUCCACCUUGGUGGGCCACGCAGGCUGCAGUUCAACGGCCGAGAUUGGUCCACAGAUGCUGCUCUCUUCGACGCAUGGCGGGAGGGACGAACUGGGUACCCCCUGGUUGAUGCCAACAUGCGCGAGCUAGCAGCAACAGGCUUCAUGUCAAACCGAGGCAGACAGAUAGUGUGCUCGUUCCUGGUGCGGGACAUGGGCAUGGACUGGCGCAUGGGGGCGGAGUGGUUCGAGUCGCUGCUCAUUGACUAUGACCCUGCUUCCAACUAUGGCAACUGGACAUAUGGCGCUGGUGUGGGCAAUGAUCCCAGAGAGGAUCGCUACUUCAGCAUCCCAAAACAGGCAUCUACGUACGACCCCAAUGGCGAUUAUGUUGCUCACUGGAUCCCUGAGUUGGCGGCCCUUCCUCCUUCGUUCCGCCACUUCCCCUUCCGCCUCUCUCCCUCUGAGAGAGCCGCAUACAAGAUGAAUCUGGAAGGGUCAAGUUACCCCCUGAUGCCUGUGGUGCCGCUUAAAUUUGGUGGUGGCGCUGGUGGAGGGAAGGGGGGGCAGAUGGGGUCUAGUUCAAGAGGUGGCGGUGGAAGGGGAAGUGGAGGAAGGUAUAGAAAUGCUUCAGAUCAUCGCUCACGUGAGCCUAGCGGGUCAGGGAGCGGGGGAAGUGAUGCACGGAGGGGUGGUAAGGCACAGUUUUAAGUGACUCGGGCAUAGCAAUGGCUGGCUGGGUCUGAUUCGUCCUGUUUAUAAAAUGGACUGAAAGUGCAGCUUAGGCCAAUGCAGCAACUGCAGCGGCGAAGUGGUACUUAUACUCGUUUGGCUACAAAAGAGGGAUGUGAGGUCAUUUGGUCUCACCCUGCGUAUCCUAGCUCUACUGUGAUUUCCCCCUUCUGACCAGCUUGUAUGGCACCUCUUACUACAGAACGAGGAAAAUACAUCUGGUAGUAUGGAAUAAAGCACAUUGCCUAUGUCAAGGUGAUAUGAAUGACGUGUCUUGAAAAUGAGGUGAG